GCUGCUCACUCAAAACAAGCAGGAUGUGUUUGAACGGGACGCAGAGGAGAAGCGCACGGUUACCUAAUGGAAGUGAACGAAGGGUCCGCGCUCGGCGAGCUGUGUGAACUGUCCAGUCCCUUCAGCUUCUGCGGCUAGAAGCCGCCAAACACCUGAGCAGUAGUUCUCUUGGAGGAAUGUUACGCCAUGAAGGAUCCCUUCAGGCCAGAGAGAGAAAAGUUUCUGGUUUUAGGAUCCAGGUGCUGUGUGUGCAGUAAGACGGUGUGUGUGGGAACGGACUGCAGUGUGUUCUACACCAAGCACUUUUAUGUGCGGGAUCACCGCCAUCAGUUUCUAGAACAGGUUCAGAAUGAGAUGCUGAGCAAAAAGAGUGUCCAGAAGACGUCCUCUUCACGAUGCUAGAAUGAUUUAGUCAGGUGAGUCUGUUGUGAGGAUGCAAACACUACCGCUGCACCAGACCUGCCUCCUUCCGGCCCUAAGUUGAGGCUGACUAAACCCGAGUUGGUUGCAAAAACCACAGUGGGUGGAGCUGACCAGACCAAGGACGGCGCAGUGGUGGAGCUGGAGGACCAGACCAGAGAGAUGAGGGAGCAGUGGAACCAAAGUGGAUUGGCUGAGCAGACCGACGAUGGAGCUGCUGACUGGAUGGAGGAGCAUGUGGCUGAUCGAGUGGAGCGCAGAGUGGAAUGGCAAACAAAGUGAUCAGACAACAGUGAAGAGGAGAGUGAUGACAGCACCCAAAGGAGGGGGACCAUGGCCUAGAUUACUUAAAUAUGGGCUUGUUUUCCUGGGAAUAUAGCGUUGAGUGCAUGGUCAGAUUUAACACAUUUCAUCCAGAAGCAGGAACUCACAUCAAUACACUUUACGUUAUCAACAAUUACACACAACUUCAACGAGCAAUAAACACAAGUGAUUUUUUUCCUAAGGCAUCAUGGAGUUUUACUGGCCAUCAUUUCAUCCACUAGAUGGCGGUAAAACCAUGUGUCUUUCACACUGCAGCGACUUUUCCUUCAAUGAAUCCAAUGGACACAAACACUCCACAAAACAAAAAAUUGUCCAUAUGCCAAAGAUGACAUUUCGAUAAUCACAAACACAAAUUAUAACUUUUGGCCAAUUGACUUCACAACACUGCUGUAGCUCAGUCACUGGUUCACAAGUCUGUGUUAUCAAUUCACUCUUUAUAAUACACAAUGAUUUCUACAGAUCAGUGUAUAUCACAUUCUUUACAUGCAUUGCUGGAGACUGGAGCAGUACAGAGGACAAAGCAGUGAACAAUGUGUGACUGUGAUUUCCUCAGAGCUCAAACCAACACGAUUCAGCUGUGACACUACAACGUACACACACACAGAUAAAGAGAGAUGCUCUUGAAAAGGAAGUCUAAAGGUGGUGCUGGAAUAUCUCAGCUACUUAUUACUGGCAAUGCCAAAGUCUGCCACAGAUAAGCUGCCUGCCAACUAUGAGCUCAGACUUGGCAGAGAUCACAGAGGUUCAGCAAGUGUCCCGUGUUCCCGUCAGACUCCGUCACACCGUAUUGUGCAUUACAGCUUUAUGACAUGGUCAUCAAAUGUUGAUGAUGACCUGCAGCUGUGUUGCCAGAUCAUCAUCAACAUCUCAUACUUAGCAAAAGAUUUACACAAAGCUUUUCGACCUUUUUCACUCCAAGGCCCUCG